GCGGCUAUAAGAGGAGGCCGUCAGGCAUGGAGCCCUGCAGCGAACCCCGCGCCAGACCCUGCAAGGCCCAAGAAGCACAUCUUGAGAAGGAAGAUGCAUUGGGGACCCCUGUGUCAAUUCCUGUGGCUGUGGCCCUACCUGUCCUACCUUGAGGCAGUACCCAUCGAAAGGAUCCAAGAUGACACCAAAACCCUCAUCAAGACCACUAUCCUCAGGAUCAACAGCAUGUCACACAAGCAGCCCACCACCUUCAGACACAGAGUCUCCGGCCUGGACUUCAUCCCCGAGCUCCAGCCUGAACCUAGUUUUUCCUCGAUGGAGCAGACCCUGAGCAUAUACCAACAGAUCCUCACCAACCUGCUUUCCAGAAAUGGUGUCCAAGUCAUCAACGACCUGGAGAACCUCCGGGAACUCCUGCACCUGCAGAGCUCCUCCAAAGGCUGUCCCAAGCCCCAGGCCAGCCACUCCGAAAGCCUGGGGAAACUGGAAGAGGACCUGGAGAGCUCCCUCUUCUCCAUGGAGGUGGUGACCCUGGGCAAGCUGCGGGAGGUUCUUCAAAACAUGCUGCAGCAGCUGGAGCUCCACCCGGGCUGCUGAGGCUUCAGGGCUCUCUCUGACACCCCAAGAAAGAAACCUGGGCUUUGGGGUGUCCCCAGGGAGAAGAGAGCCUUAUAGACUCUAUUAUAUUUCUCACUUCCUCUCCUAGACUGUUAUUCUGAAAGCAACAAGAGUCCAAGGCAUGCAGCCAAAGCUAGAAACUUGACUCCCUUUUCUCUCCACACCCCAUUUCCCCAGCAAGCAGUGGACUGCAGAGGGGACCCUCACCAGCCUCCCACCGGCUCCCCUCCUGUAGUUUCCCCUCUUCUCACCUCCCCCUCCCUUCACCUACCCUCCCUCAUAUAUCCCUGGGUGAUUCCAGGGGAUGGCUUGUACAGCCUGUAGGCAGUCAGAGCAGGGGUCCACCUGAGAAUUUUAGGGUACACCCUCAUGGCUACAUCAACACACACUGCCGGAAACACCCAGGCUGCACUGAUUUAUUUUUUUAAUUUUUAUUUUUUUACUGAUUUCUUUAAGAUAUCCUUGAUCCUGCAUGAGUUUGCAGGAAAACCUAGCUUUUUUGUUUGUUUUUAGCUCUUUGGGGAUCAAAUUCAGGGUUGGGUGUUCUUGGGGUGCUGUAUCCCUCCUACCCCAUUUCUGGCCCUGUGAUGAAAAGGCUCUCAGCCUUUUGUCCUCAUAGCUGGCUUUGCCCCUGUUGUGCCUGAUUUUAAACGAAAUUGUUUGCCAUGCCAUUGCCCUGCCUGGCAAAGGCCAGGCUAUUUUUUUUUUUUUUACUUUUUAAGAAUGUGGAUUUUAUCAAGUGUAAUAUCUAGCUGGGUGUACCAGGAGGAAGGGGCUGUCUAUUCUGAUUUGUAUUUAGGUAGCGCCCCCUUUGGGUGGACUGGGGUCUUUUGUCUUACCCUCUGCAGUCCCUUCCUGUGGUUUUUGUGACAACAGCAAAGGCCAUGGCAGAGCUGAACCUGAAGGCUGUCUGUGGGUGCAGCAGUGAGCUGCUCAAAAGUUUCCCACCCCUUUAGGGAUGACUUUUAGCUCUACAGGAAGAUAUAUUCAUGGGGAGGCCUAUGGACUUAAGCAGAAGGUCCCCAGACCUGGGCCAUCACUGCUGAGUGAACGUGAGGACCCCAUGCCAGUGUGUUCACACUACCACCACCCCCAGGGCCACUGUCCCACAAGAGGUCAUGUUCACAGGAUGGACAUGGAGGCUUGGCUUUACCACUAUCCUGCCUCGGUGAUGUAGCUGUCACACUGCAGGUGUGCCCAAGGGGAUCUGAGUCCAAGCAAUCAGAGUGAUACUGCAUACUUGAUACUCAGACCUGAUGGGUACUGUGGGCAAGAGCAGCUCAGUAAAUGGGUGCUAAAACUCCAGCCCUGCCCUCUGCUUUCUAGAUGGCAAAAACCCCACUCAGCAAAGGCUGGCAUUUUACCAUGGCAACCAAGCAGUCAGACCGCUGAGCCUUCUCUGCAGGUGAGGGAUGCAGAGCUGAGCGCUUCAGUGCCUCCUUGUGCUUGGUGGUAUUUUUACCUUUUGGGCCAUGCAGCUUCAAAGAGAAUACCUAAAACCCUAACAGUGAACAGGUGCUAAGACCAGGUCCUCUGGUUACCAGAAUGUUUCUUCAGCCAGGUAACACUCUCUGGAACUGUGACCAGGCAUGAGCAGGAAAGACCAGGAGUAAGUCCUAGAAGGGUUUCAAGGCAGAUUGUGCAGAAGGAGAGAGACAUAGUGUGAUUAAGGAGGUGAUUUUGUUUAGAGUUUUGUGUGCUGAGAGACAAAGAUGGAGAGUUACAAACAGAGCCGACAGUUACAAAGAAAAGAAAGGAGAGAUGGAAGGGGGAAAGGCACAUGUUAAUAUAAUACAUUCGCUGUUGAAAGAGUUAAGAAUCGAAGGUUCUAGAACAGAGACUUUAGAAAUGGGAAAUGGACAGAGUGAAACCUGAAUUGAGAACUAUGACUUCAACCAUCACAGCUACCUGGUCAGGCUUGGGUGUUUGAGAAGCCUUUUGCUUAAAAAAACAAAACAAAACAAAACAAAACAAAAAACCUGCACUCUGGCUCAUUCUUGGAGCUUGGAACUUCCGCAAUAUAAGUGAUUGUCCUUUAUAUUUUUAUAACUUUAAAAAAAAAUAAAUCCCAAUAAAUGGCCUUUGCUCCCUGCUCCUGGUUCUCUGUCACUUUUUAUGGAGGGGCUUCAGAAGUGUUGUUUGUGUGUGAGGGGGCAAGGUUGGUUCUGGCUGGCCUCCCCUCAUUUCUGGAGUCAACUCUCUCUGCCUGGGUUUGGCCACCACUGGCUGCCAGUUAUUCAGGCUAAAGGAUUCCCCUAGAGCACAGAGCUGGCACAGGGAGCACAUUCUGCACUCGAGUCCAAGUGUUUUAGUGCACAACAGCCUUGAGAAACAGAAAAAAAAAAAAAGCAUAAUUGGAACUAUAAACACCACUAUAAACACCAGUUCCCUGCAAACAAACCGCAGCCAGCAGUCCAGUAUCAGAUCUCCCCCACACUCCCAUCUAUAAAGAAUCAACCCAGGUCCUGGGGAGACUGGUGAUUUUAAGACCCUCCACCCCAGUACUUGCUCAAUUCAGUGAGAUAUGGCCCAGCACAGUGUCCACUUGAAAGUCCACAUAA